AUGUCUUCAUCGACCGACUCAGUGCUGGUGGCGGUGAGAGUACGUCCAUUCAAUGAACGAGAGAAACGGAUUAAGGGUGGUACUCAGUGUAUCAUCUCAAUGCAAGGCAAUUCUACGACGGUGAAAGAUCCCGAUACAAGUUUCGGACAAGAGAGAACAUUUUCGUACGACUACUCAUACUGGAGUCAUGAUGAAAAUUCGCCAAAUUUUGCAUCACAAGAAACAGUGUUUAAUGAUAUCGGGAGGCUUAUCAUCAAUAAUGCAUUCGAAGGAUACAAUACAAGUUUGUUUGCCUAUGGACAAACUGGAAGUGGAAAGACAUACACCAUGAUGGGAACCAAAGACGAAGAACAUAGAGGAAUAAUUCCUAGAAUUUGUAGAGCAAUUUUUCAACGCAUAAAGCAAGAUUCUGAAAAACAGGAUGGUAUAACAAGAAUUUAUCGAGUGGAAACAUCAAUGAUUGAAAUUUACAAUGAACAUGUAAGGGAUCUUUUCAAUCCAGAAAAUCCUUUGAACAACAAGGGAGGUCUGAAAAUUCGAGAAAAUCCUGAGACUGGUCCAUACAUUGAAGGAAUUGAAUCUUGUGUUGUUCAUAACGAAGACGAUAUUUUACGAUUAAUGGAUGAAGGAAACAGGCUAAGAACUAUUGCUAAAACUAAUAUGAACGAUACUUCAUCUAGAGCUCAUACAAUAUUUCAAAUUAUUUUAGCGUCGUCUAUUGAGACAGCAAUCCCAGGAAACGCGUCAACCUUCUCUGAAAAGGUUUCAAUUAUUAAUUUAAUUGAUCUUGCAGGAUCAGAAAGAGCUGAUAAAACUGGUGCAACAGGAGAAAGAUUAAAGGAAGGAUCUGCAAUCAAUGUUUCUCUCACUGCUUUGGGAGACGUGAUUAACAAGUUAUCUGAAAAGGCAGAAAACCCAAAUAAGAAGGUGUUUGUGCCCUACAGAAACAGUGUAUUAACUUGGCUGUUAAAAGAAAGUUUGGGUGGAAACAGCAAAACUAUCAUGUUGGCAACCGUGUCACCAAGCGACUACAAUUACCAAGAAACGUUGUCUACCUUACGAUAUGCAAGCAGAGCCAAGAGCAUUAAAAACAAAGCAAAGGUUAAUGAGGAUCCUAACGCUACUGUAAUAAGAGAGCUUCGAGAUGAAAUUGCUCGCUUGAAAAGCCUCAUCAAUGAAAGCAACGUUCCAUCCAAUAAUCAAAUUAUCGUUGAGGAUGAUGAAAAGCAAAAAUUGCGAGAACAGUUAGCACACAGCCAACAGAUUAUAGAACAACUGCAAAAUGCACAAAAGGAAAAGGAAAGAAGAACACAAGAAAUCGAACGAGCGAGAAGGAGAGCUCUUGAAGAAGCCGGAAUUGCUUUCACAGAUAUGGGAGAAAUGGUUAGCUCUGAAUCCAUGAAUGUUCCAAACAUCGUAAACCUAAACGAAGAUCCAAUGAUGAGCGGGUUGCUUGUGUAUUCAUUUAAAAUGGGUGAGACAUUUAUUGGAAGAGAUAAAUCUAACAAUAUCGUCUUGAGUGGACUGCAAAUUAAGCCUCAGCAUUGUGUCGUUAUAAGAUGUGAGGAUAAGGUUACUAUCAAGCCAAUCAAAGAUGCUCUACUGUAUGUCAAUGGAAGGAGCAUAACAGGAGAGGCAGUGUUGAAGUGUAACGACCGUAUAAUUUUGGGUAAUAAUCAUGUUUUCAGAUAUGUAGAUCCAAACAGUUCUGAAACGGAGUCUUCUAUUGAUUGGGCAUUUGCUCAAGAAGAGCUGGCAUAUGAACAAAAACGUGCCAUUGAACUUGCUGUCGAAGAAAAGGAAAAAGAAAUUGAACAAAAUAUGAAACUGCGGAUAUUGGAAAUUGAGAAAGAGUUCGAAAAGCAAAAAUAUCAACAACAAGAGAUUAUUGAAAGACAAGUAAAAGAGCUAGAGCAGCAUAAACAAAAAAUUGAAGAGAUGGAUGAAAAGAAUAGAAGAAAGAAAAAGAGCCUGAAAGAUACAGUUAGAGGAAUGAUCAAAACUAUUCAGCAUAGAUUUUUACAUAGAGAUGAAAAAGUUGCCAAGCAUACAGGAAACAUUUCAAGAAAUAGAAUUGAUGAAAAUUUAAUACGCUUGUUACCAAUGAUCAAAGAAGCAAAUGACAUUGUCAGAGAGUUUAAUAAUAACAUAAGAUAUGAUUUGAAAAUCUUAGUGAAAAAUGCUGAACCGCAGCUUGGAAUUCAAGCCGUCGACAAGGAGCGAAAGAAAACAACAAUGUGGACGGUCGAAGAGUUUGAAGCACGAUUAGUUAAGAUGAGAGAAAAACUAGCAUCGCUGCAAAAUCCUGUUCUGCAAAGUGACGACAGUCAAGAUCCAUUUUAUGGAUGUGCAAUUGAUGUAAUAGCUUCAGCUAAGAUGGAAUUGAAAUUUCUCGCUAGAAGACAACCAAAAGAGGAGCUAUUACCAUUGCAAGAUAUAGAAGGAAAUGUCAUUGGAAAAUUGUUGGUUGCCAUUGUACCUCUGGUGCCAGGUGAUGAAUCAAUGAAACAAAUCCCAACACCUGUCUCUUCUCCUGAUGAUCUCUUAGGAGAUCCGCUCCACUUUCUACUUAAAAUCAAGGCUGUCAAGGAAUUAAGCAUGCAAUCCAAGGAUAAUUUUAUUAGAUUUAGAUUUUAUACUGAAAAACCGAUUACAACCUCAAAGCAAAAUGGUACUAAUUUAUUAUUUAACUUCCAUAGAAGAUAUUGUGUUAGAAGUGUCAAUGAAGAUUUGAUUGAAUAUUUAGAAGAUGGAUUCAUACAAUUUGAUCUCGUUGGAGAGGUCUCUCAAGAGGAGAAAUGGAAUUCGAUUCGUCAAAGAACUUUAUCCUCCAUUUCUGGAUUAAGUUCUAGCAACAAUAGUGACAGUACCUCCUUGAGCCUUCAUGGUUCAUUCAACGGAUCUUCACCAGUUUUGAAACGAAAAGCAAUUCCAAACUUUAGCCCUCCUUCAAGUCCUGUAUCCAGCUCAUCAAAAACCAAUGAAUUGAAUCAAAGCUUGGAUACUGAAAGCUAUACUUCAACGGAACGAGAAUUGGCAAAAGAAAAUGAACAACUUAAGGCAAGGAUAAGAAGAAUGUCUAUUGGAAGUUCUACCUCUCCUCCAAGAGCGAGAUCAGUAAUACCUCCACAAGCAUCUUCAAUCUCCUCAUACUCGAUUUUAAUUGUAAAUUUGAUUGAAAUUAUUGACUGUCCUUAUUCAGAAGGAGACUUGACGUUUAAGAUUUCGCUCUCUCAAGGUUCGGGAAAUAAGUCAUUCAAUGAGAAGGCCAAAUCAAAUUCAAAACCGUGCCGUGUGGGAAUUGUCAAGUUUAAUGAACAAAUCUCUUUCACCAUUGUGGACACUGUUCAGCCAACCAACAAACUCAAAGUCAAACUCAUUCACAACAAGACGCAGGUACUCAAACUCUCCACCACCAUUAAUGACAUCUUUGAAUGUUUCCAAACAGGACAAGAACAAAUUCUUUCAUUUUCUGAUUCUCAUACCAAAUUACGAUGGAGUUUCUCACUCGAUGUUUGA